UUGAACAAAUGUCAUUUGAACAUAGCAGUCAGGCUACUGCUUCUUUGUUUUGAGCCAAAACGCCGCGUUAUUAACGGCGUUAACGCCGUUAAUAACGCGUUUAACUGACAGCUCUAGUUUUGAAAUGAGGCCACUUUGGGGCGGUUGUCUCUAAUGGCUUGUCUAUGCUGAAGACCUCCAGCAGUCUGCAGAGGAACUCGAAAUUAAACCCCUUUCAAUGGUUGACCACUUCUAGCAGUGGGGCGGCUUUGGUUUAAUAGGGUGCACCACCUCACACUGGGGGGAGGUUAGCACCAGGGUUAGACUACAGCUCUAUAUCGUCAGCUGUCCUACUGUUGUCUGACUGAAUUCAGCAUUUCCCUAAUUUUUCCAAAUUCAGUCCAGGCUGCUUGACCGGUUAAUUUAUCUUUUUUUGUUACAAUGUAUUGUUUUAUAUCAUUAAUUAAACAAUGCAAACAAAAGGUAGUACAAUUGUUUUAUAUAAUAUACAUUCUUUUUAUUGGAGGCAUGUGUCAAUCUAACAUUAGAUAAUGGUUUGACAAGGGGGUGUGGAGUGUGUGAGGUAAUCAUUAUGGUAUGGGUCUGAAGAGCAGAUCACAUCAGAACAGUCAGUACCUUCUGGGUAUUACAAGGUCUUUGUGUCCCAGGGAGCACAAUUCACAUGAUUCAUUGAACUAGGUGUUGCAACCCAACAUCUGGAACUUGGGAGAGACAGAGAAAUACUGUGAGAGAGAGAAGAGGGAGAUACUGCGAGAGAGCCAGAGACAGAAAGAUACUGCGAGAGAGAGAGAGAUGGAGAUACUGCGAGAGAGCCAGAGACAGAAAGAUACUGCGAGAGAGAGAGAGAUGGAGAUACUGCGAGAGAGCAAUAUAUACUCAGAGUGAGAGAGAGAUGGCAGUGGCAUGGUGACUUCCUGGUGUUUCUUUGUGUGUGUGUGUGUGUGUGUGUGUGUGUGUGUGUGUGUGUGUGUGUGUGUGUGUGUGUGUGUGUGUGUGUGUGUGUGUGUGUGUGUGUGUGUGUGUGUGUGUGUGUGUGUGUGUGUGUGUGUGUGUGUGUGUGUGUGUGUGUGUGCUGUAACUAAUGCCAUGGUGACAUAGAGCCGGAUCCUGGCUCAGCCUGAAACCAAUGGCAGCCACCCAUUGCUGGAUUAGAAGGAUUUCUUAUUACUUUAUAUAGUUCCACUUCAUCACUGCAUGGACAUAUUUACAAACCACAUCUUAAUGCAUGCAUUGGCUUUGACAGUUUGAUAUUUGACAGACCGAAAAGUGGAUUGCACCGUGAACCCCAUAACUAACAUAACUGUUAAAAAGUUAGUAUUUUUCAGUAUUGUGGGUCAUUUUUUAUUUUGUAUUGUUCUAUCUAUGAUAUUUUUUAAAAGGAAUAUAUUAAUUAAAAAAAUGUAAAAAAAAGAUUAUGCUUACGGCAUGAUCAAUUUUUCUCACGUGUUUGAAUACUGCAGGCACAUUUAAAAAAUCUCUCUCUCUCUCUCUCUCGCUCUCUCGCUCUCUCUCUCUCUCUCUCUCUCUAAGCAACAACAACAAAAAAACAUCCUGACGUCACUUGGCUUUAUAGCAGUCCACGCGCCUCCCGCCGACUCUGACUUUGUUGCUCUUGAAUCCCCCGGUCCUCACCCCGGUAGACCCUCUGCUCACCAGUCCUCUCCCUCGGUAGACCACCGACCCUCUCCGGUCCUUUCCCCCGGUAGACCACCGACCCUCCCCGGUCCUAUCUCCCGGUAGACCACCUGUGGUACGUGCGAAACGGAACAAAUCUCGGGAGUUGAUUUAGAUUUUGGCCGCUGAAAUAUCAUCUUUCUACGAUCAUUAAGAAGGUAUGUUUGGUGAAAUUUAUUAUUAUAAAAAAACCAUCGCUAUGUUUGUCUGAUGUCGUUUUCCAAAAACGAAACAGAUUUAAGUUGCGAUCUUAGUUCCAGGAGCGGCGUUUGGAACAGCUGGUUAUAUAUAUAAUUUUUUUUAACUGAUUAUCUUUGAUUUUAGAUUCCCCCAGAGUUCGAGUAUAAUAUAGUCUCCAUGGUAAAGCGCUGAGGUGGACCAUAUGGAUGGAGCUGGGAUGGUGAACUCCUCGGCGGCGGUGCCCUGGCCGGCAGAGUCCUCGGAGCCAAACGGCAGCCUCCAGUACUCCUCCGCCCCGCUGCUGUUCCCCGUCAACCCCUGGGACAUCAUGCUCUGCAUGUCGGGAACUGUCAUCACCUGUGAGAACGCCAUCGUGGUGGCCAUCAUCUUCUACACACCCACCCUCCGAACCCCCAUGUUCAUUUUGAUCGGGAGCCUGGCCACUGCGGACCUCCUGGCCGGGGUGGGCCUCAUCCUCAACUUUGUGUUCCAGUACGUGGUCUCCUCGGAGGCCAUCAGCCUGAUCACGGUCGGCUUCCUGGUGGCCUCCUUCACGGCCUCCAUCAGCAGCCUGCUCGCCAUCACGGUGGACCGCUACCUCUCUCUAUACAACGCCCUCACCUACUUCUCCGACCGGACCCUGCGCUACGUGCACAGCAUGCUGCUCUUCACGUGGGGGGCGUCGCUGGUCCUAGGCCUGAUGCCUGUGCUCGGCUGGAACUGUCUGGGCGCGCCGGAAACUUGCAGCAUCGUGCGGCCGCUGACCCGCGCCAACCUGACGAUGCUCGCCGCCUCCUUCUUCCUCAUCUUCGUGCUCAUGCUGGCGCUCUACAUCCGGAUCUGUAAGAUCGUGUGCCGCCACACGCAGCAGAUUGCCCUGCAGCAGCACUUCUUCAGCGCCACGCACUACGUGGCCACCAAGAAGGGCGUGUCCACGCUGGCCAUCAUCCUUGGCACCUUCGGCGCCAGCUGGCUGCCCUUCGCCACCUACUGCCUGGUGGGCCAGAGGGCGUACCCGGCGGUGUAUACAUACGCCACGCUGCUGCCCGCCACCUACAACUCCAUGAUCAACCCCAUCAUUUAUGCCUACCGCAACCAAGAGAUCCAGCGGGCCCUCUAUCUGCUGCUCUGCGGCUGCUUCAGGGACGCAGCCUACCGCUCCAGGUCGCCCAGUGACGUCUGAGCUUGAGAGGGUGUGUGUGUGUGUGUGUGUGUGUGUAUGCGUCUGUCUGUCUGUGCGUCUGUCUGUCCGUCAAUGUGUGCGUCUGUCUGUCUGUCUUGUGUGCGUAUGUCUGUCUGUCUGUCAGUGUGUGCGUCUGUCUGUUUUUUUAUGGGUGCAUAUGUGUGUGUGUGUGUGUUUCUGGGGAGAGAACCCAUUGUGCAUCCAUUGACAUUCUGUUACUUGACGCACCAAUGAAUGUGUGACGCUACAAAUUUUGAUCUCACGCAUAUAUGCACUUUAUCACGUCUUUAAAACAAAAUAAGAUGACGUUUAAAUGCUGUGAACAAGGUCUGAUUUUGGAAAUAGGCAAAUAAAGCUGUAAUCUUGCACUUUAUUAAAUGUAAAAAUGCCAAUGCAUCGGCCUAUUGUGUGUUAAAAAGUUUGUCAGUAUUGUGGGUCAUUUUCUAUUUUGUAUUGUUCCAUCUAUGAUUAUUUUUAAAAGGAAUAUAUUAAUAAAACUGAUCAUUCAUACGACAUGAUCAAUUUCUCUCACGUGUUUCAAUGCUGCACGCACAAAAAACUCUGUC